AUGUUUCGCACCGCUCCCCGAUUAAUUGCCCGCCAAGGCGCACUGCGCGCCGUCCCACGUGCCUCUCUGCCCGCCCGGAGAUUCAUUAGCACAGCGCCUCCAGCGCAGAAGAGCAGGAGUUGGAAGAGCUUGGUUGCGCGAUUGGGUCUUGCUGGCGCCAUAAUAUACUACUACAACACCACCGACAUUUCCGCCGAGCCAAGACUAGACCUCGCGCCCGCGCUCCCCACAACCGAAGUCGAGUCCGAAACCCUCCCCACCAUCGAAUCCAUCUCCGCCGAGCGCGCGCAACGCAAGGCUGUCCAGCAACAGCUAGAGCUCCAGCGCCAGAAGGAGGCAUCUGCUGCCGAGGAGGCUGCGCGCGCCCAGCAACAACAAUCAUCCAGCCAUGCCGAACCGCAGGAGGGUGGUAUCGAGGGCCUAGAAGCCGAGGCCGACCAGCAGGGCGCGUUCAAUCCCGAGACCGGCGAGAUCAACUGGGACUGCCCGUGCCUGGGCGGCAUGGCGACAGGGCCGUGUGGGGAGGAGUUCAAGGCGGCGUUUAGCUGCUUCGUGUACUCGAAGGAGGAGCCGAAGGGUAUGGACUGUAUUGAUAAGUUCAAGGACAUGCAGAACUGCUUCCGCCAAUACCCCGAAGUCUACGGCUCGGAAAUCGACGCAGAUGACGACGACGACGACGACAUGACCGCCGAUGCCGCCGCCGACGUUUCCACCCCCUCCGACUCACAGCCCACGCUUUCCGGCGAGAAGAACACAGGCAGCCCGAGCCCCGCAAGCAAUGCCACUGAUGCACCAGUAGCCAAGGAGCCUGUCACGAAGGCGUCGAAGAGCAAGAGCGUGGUCCCUGCGUCGUCGGGACCGCACUCGGCCGAGAAGGUCGCGGAGAAUAGGCGCGAGUUGGGGCUUGUGCCGGAGAAUUACAGGCCG